AUUUCCCCCAAAACACAGAACCCUUAAAACCCCAUCUCCAUUAAACGCUCAUUUCUCUCUCUAGAAGCAAAGCUUUUCUCCUCUCUCUCUCUCAAUCGCGCCGACCAUCAUAGCCGGACAGAUCAACAAUUGCCGCGCCUCCUGAGUUUUAAAGUGUUGCCAUAUUUGCUUGAACACCACUUGCCAGUGGAAAUCAAGAGUUUGUGUGUUUUCAUUUGUCCCCUUAGCUCAAUUUCUGUUUGCAGUGAGACUAUGGCUGCCGCUGCUUCAUCUCUCACAUCAUUCUUUACCACUCUUCAAAUCAACCAAAUUGAUCAAAAUGGUUUUCCCAGCGGUAAUAUCCCAUUGCAUAACGAAUACAAAGCAAUAGUGCUCAAGAAGGGAUGCUUUUCUGUGGGUGAGCGAAACCUUAAAAUAAAUUGCUUGAGAUACAAAGGGAUGGAUGUCAGCACGUCUGCUUUGGUUGAUGGAGUUGCCGAAUGCACAAAUGAAGAAGAGAUCAUACAAACAAGUCGCACAGUGGAGCCAAGUGUUUCCACGCUGUUGAUGAAUUUUUCCAAUGACUUUGAUCCUUAUGAGGCUUUAAGCACGCCUCUAUAUCAAACAGCAACUUUCAAGCAGCCUUCAGCUACGGAACCUGGAACUUAUGAUUAUACAAGAAGUGGAAAUCCUACUCGGGAUACCCUAGAAAGACUUCUUGCAAAGCUCGACAAAGCCGACCGAGCAUUAUGCUUCACCAGCGGAAUGGCAGCUUUAGCAGCUGUUACUCAUCUAGUUGGAACUGGUGAUGAGAUUGUUUCUGGUGACGACAUGUACGGUGGUUCUGAUCGCUUAUUGUCACAAGUAACUCCGAAAUCUGGAAUCGUGGUUAAGCGUGUAGAUACAACAAAUUUGGAAGAGGUCGCCUCUGCAAUCACCCCCCGCACAAAGCUUGUGUGGUUAGAGAGUCCAACAAACCCCCGCCAGCAGAUCUCUGAUCUUCGUAAAAUCGCUGAACUUGCACAUGCCCGUGGCGCUCUCGUGUUGGUGGACAACAGCAUCAUGUCUCCCGUGCUGUCUCAACCCUUAGAGCUCGGAGCUGAUAUCGUGAUGCACUCAGCUACAAAGUUCAUCGCUGGUCACAGCGACCUCAUGGCUGGUGUGCUUGCUAUCAAAGGAGAAAGCUUGGCGAAAGACCUAUAUUUCCUACAUAACGCGGAGGGGUCGGGGUUAGCUCCAUUCGACUGUUGGCUGUGUUUGAGAGGCAUCAAAACUAUGGCUCUACGCGUCGAAAAGCAACAGGAAAACGCUCAAAAAAUCGCAGAGUUCCUCGCAUCUCACCCUCGUGUGAAAAAGGUCCAUUAUGCUGGUCUUCCCAAUCACCCGGGACGAUCUUUGCAUUACUCUCAGGCGAAGGGUGCAGGAUCCGUGCUGAGCUUCUUAACGGGGUCGUUGGCUCUCUCCAAGCACGUCGUUGAGACGACAAAGUAUUUCAGCAUAACCGUGAGUUUCGGGAGCGUCAAGUCCCUCAUCAGCUUGCCCUGCUUCAUGUCUCACGCAAGCAUACCUGCAGCGGUACGUGAGGCGCGAGGUCUGACCGAGGAUCUCGUGCGUAUAUCCGUCGGGAUCGAAGAUGCCGACGACCUCAUCGCCGAUCUCGAGCACGCCCUACGGACGGGGCCUGCGUAGCUUGCCUCCGCAUAUAAAUAUUUUUCCGCCAUUUUGCUUAACCCCAUAUUUAGAAGGGUUCUUUCAAAUAAUGCAUGAAACAUUGACUUUGUUUAUUAUUUAUCUAUUUAAUUUUUAUUUUAUCCAAA